GUACAUAUGACGUGGCAUAAAGAGCUCGACAACAUGGAUUAUUCUUCUGGAGAAACAAUUACAGCUCCAACUCAUCCGAGAAUACUAUUCUGAGAAACGAUCCACUGAAACAAUUGGUGCGUAAGUACUUCCCGUUCUUCUUUCCCGACAUUCCAGGGACCUGUUUGAUUUGUAUAUUAUGCAAUAUUAUUCAUAUUCUCGUUUUCGACCUUACUUGUUUAAUCUCUUUCGAGUUUGAAUUGCACAGAUAGUUAAGGUGCGGUGGUUCUUCUUCUUUCCGUUUAUACAUGUAUAUAUUUGUUUACCUUACAAUUUUUAUAUAUAGUUGGAAUUUCCAAUUUCGUUGAUUUUCGUUCGACAAGUGUGAUCGUUCUACCAGAUUUUUUCCCACAUAAUACAGUUAUACAGAGAUGGUAUUUUUGGGAGUCGUCCAAAACAUGGAUUUAAGUUGAGGUUGUCGUUGGCCCGUUGCUAUUUCACUCACUGUGAUGUGUAUUGGCUGAUACGGUUUGAAAUAAUUUCACAUUCGAAUGAAAUAAGAAAAAGUGGGAAGUGGAGGUAAGCUAGAAACCGAAACACAAAGGGUUUUAAAUGGAAAAAAAGUGUUUGGAGAGUUUCUAUAGAGUUUCGAGAAUGGAAACGUACGCCUUCCCAGGAGUUUAUGUUCUUCAUAAGAUAUGUUGAUCAGUUAAAUGAUGGACACCAUAUCAUGUAUACCUGUGUAUUUUUGUUCUUUCCCUUUAAAUUAAAUCUAAGAUUGUUUGAAAAAUGUAAUGAUGUAUGUACUAAUUACUAUGCAGCUAUAAGUAAAAUUGUUGUCCUAAUGAUUCCUAAAUUCUUACCCUCUCCAUGAUAGGAUACAUUGAUUUGAAUAGCAAUGGCUUUGGAUGUUGGUCGAGUGGCAGCUGACACGGAGAUAGACACUGAGCUCAAUGAUUCCCCUGAACCAGUUGAGAGAUGUUAUCGGAGGAAGCUUGGAGCGACAUCGACGAUGCAGAAGCAGAGCAUUCAACCAUUCUCUGAUGCAAAAAACCUCUGCUCUCAUACUUUAUCCAUGUCUGACAGAAAGGAAAAGAAAAAUCCUUUGAAUCGGAAACAUUCGAAGUUAGGGAUGCCUGAUUUGCCCAAUGCAACAUUGGGGAAUCAAGUUCAAUCAUCAGAGAAACAUGUUAAUAGAAAGUGCUUACAACAAGAAUGCUUAAAGUUCAAGGAGAAACAUAAAGAUAUUGGGACAUGGAAGGAAAAAGGAGAGCGCCCCCCUUGGAAGCUUGUUGGGAUUGCUUCAAAUCGCCAUGUAGAUAACCACAAGAGAGGAGUGUUUCCUUCUAAGAACUCACCAACUGUGGGGCCAUCAUCAAAUCAGUCAACAUUGCUGAAGGAAAAGAGAGCUUCAUCAUGGAAGAAGGCAGCUAGUUCUGGGGUGCCUAAGAAUGGUGCAGCUUCAAAAAAACAGUUUAUGCCGCCUCCCAAGGAUAAUAAUGUGUUAGCAUCAAAGAAGCCCGCAAUUGGAGCAGCAACAUCUGAUUCCCCCAACCUAUCAAUGGAGAAGCCCAAGAAAACUUCCAAACCUCGCGAAUACCAUUAUAUCUCUUGUCCCAUUUACGAUUCCCUAUUAGCCAACAAAUCAGUGGACCCACAAAAUCCAUUUGGCUGUUUUUAUUAUGGUUGUUGUCUAUGUGCUCACAUAGACUACAGUGGCAGUAGCGAGAGCAACGACAGUGACAGCGAGAGGGAUAGGGAGAGGGAGAGGAACUGGGAGAGGGUGAAGGAGUGGGAGAGGGAGAGGGAGGGCGAGAGCACCAGCAAGACCGAGUCAUCAGGAGGAGCAAGCUACGAGUACUUGAAGGAGCAUGGGCCAGGGGGACUCCCCGAUUGGUACAAGUACUGUAGAUUCUGGUAGUUUUUUAUGAUUUAAUUAUUAUUAUUAUUGGUAAAACUUGCAAGUUUAGGAGUUGUAAAAUCUAUCAUUGCCACUUAUCCUUGUAGCCUAACACGAUUUAUAUAAAUGAUGUGUGUAAUUUUAUGUAGGCCAUUCUUUUCUUUCUUUUUAAGUUGUUAUCCCUCAUUAGCACUUAGC